UUGAGUUUUGAAUUUAUCCAUUUUUUUUUACUUUGUAUUUUUCAGAAGCAGGUACCAGACAUUAUUGAGCGAGAGACAUUUUCACUUCGAAGCAAUGUUUCUUCGGAUUCCGUCAAUGCAGAGAAUCAAAAUGCUUAUGAGGAAGCACAUGCCAAGGAGCUCUACCUACCCCCAAUGACCAGUACCGCUCGAUCUCGUGCAAAACCAGCCGUCAAUGGUGUAAAAACAAAGCCCAAGUUAACGCAACCGCUGUAUUUUGACAUUGUUUUUGUGCCACAUCACGGCUCACAUCCAAUACUAAAAGACGAAGAGGCAGCCAGGGCUUUUGUGACAAGCAUCCGUUCCAGACGAUACAUAUUGAGUGGUCAGGACUCAAUCAGAACAUAUUUCCUUGACGGCCUGAUUGCCGGUAAAACUGCGUGGAACAAACCAGAACUUGAAGUGGAUGUACUUCCAACGCAUGACAGCGAUGAAUUAACUUUAUACAGCCAUGAAAAGGCAAGUUUUGUUCAAUAACUUGAAGUGGAUGUACUUCCAACGCAUGACAGUGAUGAAUUAACUUUAUACAGCCAUGAAAAGGCAAGUUUUGUUUAA